CUUCUUACCAAGCCAUGUUAGUUAAAGAAAUUAUUAAUAGCCUCAUGGUGGCCCUGCUCCUUCUCCUGUCAACCGCAUACGGAUCCCCGGCUAGAGGAUAUUACCAGUCUCCACAGCGAGGCGGUCGCAGCUACACGGAUAUCGCCCGAGUGGUUAAUCCCAAUCAAUACGCCUUCCCAGGAUCUCGCACUUAUCCGGGCCAACCCUUCUGGCCAUCUGGAUAGGAAUAAAUAUAUGUUAUGUUCUAUUAAGACAUACACAAGACUCGACUCAGGAUUAGCU